AUGGCAGAUAGCUCAACACAGACCUUGCACUACACCACCAUAAACACUUUAUCCCCUAACACCAGUGUGGUUAUAAACCCACCCAUCUUGAUACACCCGCUCUUAUUUGACAUCAUCCUAGCAUUCAACCAUAUAAUCUGCGGAGAAAUCAUCGGGCUGUUCGGUAUCGUCUCCAAUAUCAUCAACAUCAUCGUCUUCGUCAAGCAAGGAUUCGACGAGACCGUCAACAUCACCUUAACCUCUCUCGCCAUCAGCAACAUCGGCGCCCUCGUCUCUCUUCAACUCUACAACAUCAUGGCCAACCCGUGGAUGACCAAAGCAGAGUUGUCCUUCCUGCCUAUUGACAUCGCGGCCUACGCCGCCUUCUACCCCCACAACUACUUCAUCCGUGUGGGCGGUUUCAUCACGGCCUUUGCCAGUCUAGAGCGGUGCAUGUGCGUGGUGUUACCGCUCACGUUCAAGAACAUCAUCACCAAGAAAGUUGUGAUCACGGCGAAUGUUGUGAUAUUUUUAGCAACUUCCUUCAACAUUUUCCCCGCCUACUACGUAGGAGAGUUGAGUAAUGUAUUCUCUGCUAAACUAAACAAAACCGUUAUUGGAUUAUCUUUCAGGUCGGCCAUUUUGACGGCUGCUGCGAUUGUUCGAGGUCUUGGUAUACGCGGCACUUAUUUCCAACUGGCACUUGUUCUGUACAGCUUCGCCUUUCUCAUGGAGACCUUGAACUCCAGUGUCAACGUCUUCGUUUACUACAACAUGAGUGGCCGGUACAGAACAAGUUUGAUGGAUUUGUUCCAGAGUUCUAAAGGGUUCACUAAAAAGGAAUCUAGAUUUGAGGGUUAA